GCCCCCCUCGCACCGUUCCGCCGGCAUGGAGUCCCCCGAUGUCGGCCUGUCCCCCGCGGGCGGCGGCGGUGGUGGCGGAGGGCCGGGUGCCGAGGAGCCGCCCGGCGCCGCCUGCCCGGCGCUGCGGAGCCUGCCUCCCGGGCUGGCGCUGGGACCGUCGCUGUCCGGGGUUCGGGGCACGGGCGUGUGGUGCGUGGGCCGGGCCCUGCCGGCCGGGGCGCUGCUGGGGCCGCCCGGCGGGGCCGGGGAGGAGGAGGAGGAGGAGGAGGCGGCGGGGCCGGGGUGGAGGAGCCUGGUGCGGCGGAGCCCGAAGGAGGCGGAGGCCAACGUGGCGCUGGGCCGGGCGGGCGGCCGGCUGCAGCUGCGGGCGCGGCGGCCCAUCCCGGCGGGCGCGGAGCUGCUCUACUGGCCCCAGGAGGCCCGCGGGGCCACUGCCGGCGGGACGGCGGCGGAGCCCCUGGCAGGGGAUCCCGAUGUCUCCAGGAUGGUGGCUGAUGAAACCGCAGUCCUUGAUGUGCCUACUGAGGUUAGCAGGCCGGCUGCCAAACGUUUCCAGAGGCUGCAAGAAGAGGGAAGCACAGCUUCCGAACAUCAGCCAUGGCAAGCCAAGGCGGCGAGGACUGAGAAUCAGCACCUCGAGACCAUCUCAACCGCUAAGGCCACUGGCAGGUGCGAGGAAGAAUUGGACAAGGGUGUGGAUCCCGGAUCUGCAGCAGAAAAAGUGGAGAUGGGGCAUAAAGAGGCAUGUCCAGGAGACCUGGAUCUGUCGUUGCCCUCAAGUGGGGUUCGACUCACUGCUCGCUUGGUUGCCGAGCCGUGCAAGGUGCAUGCUCUGACCAGCCAGCCCCAGGAGUGCCUGCAGGACUGUGGUGGCAGGACAGCUGGGCAGGAAUCCCAGCAGCCCAGUCCUUCUGAAGGAGAGAGUGUAGAAACUUGUGAGAAAGAGAGCAAAGCUUCCAAAGACUCCAGACUGGCAUCCCCAGAGCAUGGGGGAAAGGGCUCACUGGAGGGGCCUGAGGGGCAGGAGGAGUAUACAGAGCUGGUGGAGGGUCAUUCUGGCAGCCCAGGCCCCCCACCAAAAGCUCUAUCCCAGAAGGAGAUGAUCAAGCGCAGGUACCGCUGCGGGGAGUGUGGUAAAGCCUUCCUGCAGCUCUGCCACCUCAAGAAGCACCGCUUUGUCCAUGCUGGCCACAAACCCUUCCUGUGCACGGAGUGUGGCAAGAGCUAUAGUUCAGAGGAGAGCUUCAAGGCCCAUGUGUUGGCCCACCGGGGUGUGCGGCCUUUCCAGUGCACCCAGUGUGAGAAGGCUUACCGCACCAAACGAGACUUGCAGGAACACCAGGUCCUGCACACCGGCCAGCGGCCCUUCUCCUGCGAGCAGUGUGGCAAGGCCUUUGCGCGCCGGCCCUCUCUCCGCAUUCACAGGAAGAUCCACCUGGCCACUGGGACUGGCCCAACUAGUCCCAAAGGAUGCCAGUGUGCCAUAUGUGGACACCACUUGGCCAACCCUGGCUCCUUGCGCAAUCACAUGCGCCUGCACACGGGGGAGCGCCCUUACGCCUGUCCUUACUGCUGCAAGGACUUCCGACAGCAGAGCAACCUGCGUGAGCACCUCCGGCUGCACACAGGCGAGAAGCCCUACAAGUGCCGCUUCUGCGGCGACGCUUUCCCCAAGCUGCCGGAGCUGCGGCGACACCUCAUCUCCCACACGGGUGAGGCCCACCUGUGCACUGUGUGCGGCAAGGCGCUGCGGGACCCCCACACGCUGCGUGCCCACGAGCGCUUGCACACAGGCGAGCGCCCUUUCCGCUGCGAGCAGUGCGGCAAGUCCUACACCCUGGCCACAAAGCUGCGGCGCCAUCAGAAAUCCCACCUGGCUGGCAAGCCCUACAAAUGCGAGCUCUGUGGCAUGGGCUACACCCUUCCCCAGAGCCUUGCGCGCCACGUGCUCACCCACAAGGCGGAAAAGGACCCGGAGGAACUCGCCAUGGCAGUGGCCUCACUCGCUGUGGACGUACCCCAGGCAGCAAGGAAAAAGCCUCAGAGGAAGGGCUGCCAGGAGGAGGUUGCGGCAGAGCCCGCCUUGCUCAUGGUGGAGGUGCCGGGGCCAGCAAAUGAGGCCGAGCUGCUGAUCACAGCUAGUGGUCACUGUGUUGCUACUUACCAGUCUCGAGGCAGCCCCCCAGAUCCUGGUGCCCGCAGGAAGCCUGCUGGGCAUUUGCUGUCGGCAAAGGACAUCAUUGAAAUCACCAUCUCCAAGCAUGAGGACAAAUGCAUUAUAGUGCAGGAUGAGGGCUCACCGAGUGACGUGGUCAUCAUCCAGGAGGGGGUGGGCUUCGGAGCAGUGGCAGAAGUGGUGGAGGUCGAGUCUGGGACCUGACUAUCCCAGCCUGCCCUGGCUGAUCUUCUGUACUUAUUAAAGUGGGGUAAAAAAAAACAACAAAAACCCUAGCUCUUUUGUCUCACUGUGGCAACAAGGCCCUGUGGCUCAGCCGCAGGCAGAAUUAGCAGUCUUGGAGGUAACUGCCUGGGUAGACCUGGGUCUUUUCAGUAGCUGCUCCUUGGAGCUAUGAGCCGGGCCUGGUGCAGGGAAGGCAUUGGCUCUUGGCUGUUGAUGGGAAUAACUUCUUAGAGAAGACACCCACAGCGUUAAUGAGCAGUGCUUCUGCUCUGCCUCUGUUACGCUGUCAGCAUGGGGAAGGCAGGAAAAGUCUCAAAGCAAUGCCUUUGAACAAUGCCUUCCUUUCAAGUUUUUCUUUCUCUAAUUAAUUGUUGCUAUUCAGGCACUUUCCUGGGCUUUUACUCUUGCAGCGCAGCAGCACUUCUGAUCAUUUGAAGGUGAUGCUGAUGCCAGACAUUGCUGGGAAGCAGCUUCCCAAGUGUUUACAAGGUGUCUCUAUUGCGGGUUUUUUGAAGAGUGUUUUUCACCAUUAGCAGGAGCAAAGUCCUGCCUUGGAGCUAGGGCUGAGUGUUCCUUCUCCACUGUCACCUGUUUUGCUUGCUGCCGGCUUCCUGGCCUUACAGUAACUGGAUGAUCUGUCUGAGGACAUGAAAGGAUAGGUUUGUGUCUCGCUGUGCGAAGAGCAUUGUACAAUCACAUUUUCACUGUCCCCAGCUGAGAGGCUCCUUCCCUCUCCAGGUAAGGGUUCAGCAGUUCACCUCAGCAUGUUCAGAAGAUUUUGCCUUUCCCCUCCAUGUUCAAGUUGGGUUCAUUAAUCUGUUUCCCUUGGUUUUUUUCUCACAUUCUUGCUUCCUCUCUUCCACUUCUUUCCUGCUGCUGCACCAAAAAGCUAGAAGACAGCACCACCACAACUACACCCCAGUAUUCCCGCUGCUCCAUCUUCAGUGCUCAUUUGCCAGCUGAGACACGCUGAAGGAAAUUGGUCCCAUUUCAGGAAGGAUGUGCACGGUUCCCAAUGCCAUGUGAACUUGACCUCAUAGGAAGAGACUGACAAUACCAGACCUAACAGAGGUCUUUGAGACUUGCCCCAAACACUGCUUUCAUUUGCUGCGUCCUCAGUUUUAGUUAUUCUUGCGCUCUGUCUUGCGUCUCUCUAACAUCUGCAUUUCCCCAAAAAAGUUUUGUUUAGGGCCUUAAAUUCUCUGGGCUUUUUAUGCCUACUGCACAAGAGGAGAAGGGUAUAGUGUCACCAGGGAAUCAUCAGUAGCACAGUUUUGGAGUGCUAUGAAUGCUGUAAUGUGACAAUCCAAAAAGCCGCUCUUUGCGGUUUCUACAUUCAACUUUUUCCAUAAACUUUUACAACCAGUUUGCAGGCAAGGUGCUAGUGUCAGAUCCACCACACUUUGAUGUGAAGUGAGGAUGGAAAGUGAAUUCGGCUAAUAAACCUUUGGGUGUCCUUAUUUUUAGCUAUUAUUUUCUUUAAAGUCAGGGGGCAGAUGAGCCUAGUCUUUGCCCUGAGAGCUUGGAGACAGACCAGUGGGAGAACAGGCAUAUGAGGGGGGGCUUGUAUUUGAAGCGGCAGUGCUUCCUACUGCUCUCCCUUUGGUGCCUAUCCUAACUAACUGUUGCAGUUUUCAAAUAUUGACACAGCUGCAAAGUGUUCUCGCUGGAGCUGGGCUCAUGUGCUGUGUUUGAAGCAUGUGCCCUCUGUCACAGCAGAACUGGGAGAGAAGGGGAAACAACUGGGGGAAGGGGAGAAUCCAGGCCCCUAUUGCUUAAUCCGCUGACCUGUGACUACCUUCUUUAUUCUGAGAUAAUAGGAGAGAAAAAGUAGGAACAAUUAUGAAUUAGGAGGUCUUCACAGAAACAUUAUUCACCUAACAGUUGAUCUGAGUAGGUAGGGGCAGGUCUGUGCUGUGCUGUGCAUAUCACUUGGCUGCAGGAUAAACUUAGCUGGCUCAUCUUGACUGAGGAGCCCACAGGUGGCUCCCACUGGGCACCUGGUGAUGGUGCCACCACCAUGUCUUUGUCUUUAUCUUAGAAGCAGCAUGUUCUUAUGUGAAUGACCCUUUGCUUGACAGCAAAAUGAUGAAUAAAGUUGUUUACUCCUAAGAAAAUCCUAUAAAAGCCCUGAAGGCCACAAUGCUGGUGAACAUGGAUGGGAUCUGUGCAGUGUGCCAUGGCCUGACUAGAUAUCUCUCUGAUGCUGUACAACUUGGUGUUUGCAGCAUCUGAAGGCAUGUAGGAUUAUCUAAUGCUAUACCCUUUCUUGUGUUAUGUCCCAAAAAUGGUAUUUUAAUUAAUUAAUACAUUAUGGGCUCCGAGUGCCUUUCUUACUGGGAUCCGUAACAAACACUUGCACUGGUGCAUUACAUUUGGUGUAGCUGGCAGGAUCCUGGUGAGAAACGCCUUACUGGAAGAAGGAUAGCGAGGAAAAGGAUGGGUGCCUGCCUGGUCCCAUAUGCUGGCACGGGGUCCAGUUACACAGUAUGCUGCAUUAUAAUGCCAAUAAUCAUUACGCUUCAGGGCGGCAGACACCUGGGUCACUUGGCUGGCUGGAGAUCUUUUGUACCUGUUACCCUUACAGCUUCAGGCAGCGAGCGCACAGGUCUCGUAGCUGGUGGGGCUCCACCAUGCUCACAGGGCUUCACCAGGGCUUCGGGGUGCUGCUGCAACGCUCCAGGGCGACAAGUGCACAGGUCUCGAAUGGUUGGGGUCCUUCAUGCUGGCAGGGCCUCACCAGGUGUCGGGCAUGCACAUAAGCUUAAGCGUUACACUUAAACCUCACACCACAGCCAGGGUUAAACCCUCAGCCAACUUGUAAACUGGCUUAAACCUGACCAAGGUGUUUCCUCAGGGACAGGGGAACCCCUGUAUGAAGGGAUGGGGGAUUCAUCCUUUGAGAUUGUAUUCAAAAAGUGUUACAAUUGGUGAUCAAACUGUGUAACUUGCUUCAGGAACAUAUUCAGCAAUACCCCAACUAUUGAAACAGCAAACUAUCCAUCACAGAGCAGACAAAGGCCCAAGAAAAUAGGCCAAGGCCAAACCCUCCAUACUCAGCUCCCUGGAAGUUGGAAAAAUAGUUACAUAGGAAAUAAACAAUUGCCAAAGGCUUUCUUCACUUAAAAAGAAGAGUCAACUCACAGAGGGAAAGAGAUCAAAACUCCCAGCUGUGUUGAAAGCCAUAACUCCGGGAGGGUAAAGGUAUGAAUAUUAACUCUCUUACCCUAAGAAAGAAAAUAGCAUCCAUCACUCAUGGGUGGGGGAAGGCAGAAAGAAAAUGGAAAUGAUAAAAAGUUGCUUACAGGAACAGAUGAAAGAGUUAAAUGUUCAAGGGGUGGAAGUCAAAGCCCCUGGAGAGGUGAUAGCUGAUGCACGCUGCCCUGCUGCAGAGGCUAACCACAAGAAUGGGAGAAACAGAGAGGAGCCCUAGAAGCACGUUACAGAACAAGAAAAA